CCCACUACUUCCGGUCAGAGUGACCUCUACAUUUUCUAUCACUCAGAGUGUUCGAUGAACUUUAUGUCAUGUAAAACGUCGUCAAAAAACGAUCACUUGGACAACGAAGACAUCUUGUAUUUAUGCAUCUACAAUGAACCUUCAGAUUUUUUCACACGGCUACGGUCUCCUAGUGAAGUGGGACAAAUUCAACAAAGCGGUCUAGAGGUGCGAUUUAUCUUAACAUGAGUUGUAAUUUCGUUUAGAAAUUCCACUUUUGUUUUCGUCCAAAACAAUAGAUUCAAUAGGCGUUUUUAUCGUCGUGUAAUUAUUUGGUACGAAAAGUUCUGAUGCUAUUCAAAUUAGGAUAUUAUUCCAUACCAGUUUUCACUAAAAACAACUGAACAAAUCGUUAUGCGCAUUUAUAUAUGCGACUGUUCGGGAAACGAUAACAAGACUAUAAAUAGAUCGUUGUCGAGUGUUUAUAAGGUGAAUUUUUCUUGUGUUCUUUCUCGUGCGAUCAGGGGCACUAUUCACAAGAACUAAGAAAGGUAAAUGGUGCGUGAACAAACUUGCUCGAGAAGAAAGGAAAACAUCGUGCAACCCUUGCUGACAGAAACAAUAUUUAAUAUUCCCGCCUGUGGGAAUUAUUAAACAGGUUGGCGGCGAUCUGCUUCUCCCGGAUUGAACGCAACUUAUUUAUUCAUUUAAACAUAGCCGCGUCGAAAUGAACAUCACGGAGAGCGUGCUCAGAGAUCACUCUCGAUUACGUGUUGGUAACGAGAAGACGGAUUAGAAUCUCCAAAAGCACAGUAUUAUGGCGAUUUGAACAAACAUUGAAGAGGGUAAACCGGAAACCCGAACUAUGACUACUGCGACAGAAGAAAUCGUCGUUAGCGUUACCCCGCGUAAUAGAGCGAAUUUUCGAAGGCUCAAAACUAACAGCAUACAGAGUUAUAAACGAUGGGAAAAGGAGAACGAACUUCUGUACGCCAUGAUGGAAGACGAAAGCGAGUGGUUAGCCAAGUUAUUUCCCGAUGUGGUGAUCACUCCGGAUUUUUUCUUCUACGCUUUGGAAGACGGUUCGCUACUUUGCCGACUUGCGAAUUACAUCCAAGAGAAAGCGGAAUUAUAUUCCAAGAGGCACCACAUUCCGGUGCCUGGAAAGAAAUUUCGUUAUCAUACUAUGGGCAAAUGUAGUAAAGAAAUCAAACUUUUUAAAUCCAGGGAAAAUGUGCAACAGUUUCUCACCUGGUGUCGAAGUCACGGCAUUCCCGAAGCAAUCUUAUUCGAAUCGAACGAUGUUGUGCAAGUUGACGAUUAUCGAGAGGGUUGCAGGGGGAUUAUUAUUUGCCUCAUGGAAAUUGUAAGAAGGACAGCAAAGUUUGAACUUGAUGAACUACCAAAGUUAAUUCAGAUGGAGAAAGAAAUCGAAGAGGACGAGGCACAAUCUCACACGGACAUUUCAAAUGGGCAAGGGCAGGUUUUGGACGUGGUGGAAAUAAACAACCAUGAGGUACAAGGGACAGAUCCACCAGAAAUUCAAAGCCCCAGUUCUAUGGACUCUGAUUCCGGAGUGGACUCAGUUUUUGACCUAGAAGAAGGAGAUAAUGCAGCUUCUCGCCUUAAAGAGUUUUGGCAUGAAGAGAGAGAAAUUAUAGAGAAAACGGAGAUUACUACAACCACUGUGACACGAAAACAAAACUUGUUGAAACCAAAAGAUCAAAAAAGUUCCCUAAAGAAGACGUCCAAAGAACUUCCGUCUCUGUUAGAAAGCACCGGGCCGAAAUCCGAAUUAGAUAAACAGGUUAGUAGUUUAUAUGCAUUUUGCAGUAAAUUUUAUGUUAACUAAAUGAAAAGUUUUAAGUACUGCUAAUUAACGAUUCCAUGGAUGAACGCAGUUUAAAAAUAACAUAUUACACUGGUGAGAAUGUUUGCAAACUGACUUGUUUCGAUCUGAGUUCGAUAAGUAGGAGGUGGAAUUUCAUGUGUCCGAACUAAAAUGCUUAAUUAUAACUUCCCCGAAAAAUGAAUUCACAUAAUAUGAGUACAAAAUAAAAAUUUUUAGUGUGUACAGUUAAGCAAUAUCCGUUGCACUGCCACUGAUGGCGCUCAUAUUAUGCAAAUAUAAUUCCACUUCAUUAAUUGCUGAUCAAAGUUGAUAACAACGACAUUCUGGUCGACUCACGUUUCGUCUGAAACUCAUCUUUCAUCUAAGAACGGAAAAUUGAACACCUUAUGAAAGCUAUUGUGAAUUGUAAUUUUAUUUAUAUGUCGAUACUAAAAUGGCUCGAAAUCAUUAAUAAUUAUAAUACAUUUACAAUGUAACCUGAUAUAAAAGUCGCAUUUUUGGACAAUUAAAACCACCUGUCCCAUGUCAACAGCCGGAAAGCUUUUUUACUUAGCGAAAAUAAUAACGUCGUAUUAAGUUUGAAUGGUUUUUUGAGACACGUCUUCAGCUUAAAUCCAUGGAAACAAGUUUACGUUCGGGCGCCAGCUUUUCCCUGGCUAGAAAGCCAGUCAAAUGCACUUUAAAAUCACGCAAGCUAAGUGACUGCAGUUCUUGAAAGCUUUAGUUAUAAAAAGUGAUGAUUUUUUUUACGAAAGUAAAUAUUAUUUGCAUAGUUAUAAUGGCUAGGUGCAUUAUACAGCUCCAAAAGGUCAAUAUUUUUCCUACCACCCUGCCAGAAGCCCAUGCCAAGAUAUAAGUAUUUUUAGAAAAGAACAUUCUCUACUGGAAAUUUCUAUAUUGGUAUAAACAUAUAGAUCUUGGAUGAAAAUAAGUGUGUACAUCACAGCUAAUUAAAGAAUGAAAUUUGCAAUUUAAUAAGUUCAACCCAGGGCUUAAACAUGUUAAAAUCAUGAAUAGUUCAUAGCAUGCCACAUAAGCAGUGAUAUUGUUAUACAAACACAGUCAUAUUUAAUAAAAGUGUCACAAUUCAUUCAUAAAUGUAGUCAAAUGUCAACGUAUUGAAAUUCAUACUUGGCUCUAGGGCUUGGGGGAAUGAAACAAAAGAAGUGUAUAAAUUAUUCAUCCCAAAACCUAGUCUUCUUCGCAGCUGCUCAGACCCUGACUCUAGCCUGAGUGGCCAUGAAGGAGAUUACCCAAAAAUUGAUCAAGGAAUUUUUAUAUUAUUUACCCAUUAGCCUUGCAGCCAAGUAUGAGUUUUGACACUUUGCAAGUGGUCUAUUCAUAGUGGUUUUUUUUAAAAAUAAAAUCCCUUUUACUUCCAAAUUUUCUGUUCAAUUUUUAAAUUGAGAGAAGUGUCUUAACGACUGCACAAUAGAUUCACUGCUUAUUAUGGUGGCCCACAACUGUCACGGCAAAACCAAAAACCUCACGGCAAAAACAAAAUACCUCACGACAAAACCAAACCCUUACGGCAAAACCAAAGACCUCACAGCAAAACCAAAUACUGCACAGCAACAGCCAAAUACCUCACGAUAAAAGCAAAUACCCCUCAGCAAAACCAAAGCUAUUUUGUUUUUGCUGUGAAGUAUUUGGUUUUGCCGUGAGGUUUUUGGUUUUGCCGUGAGGUAUUUUGUUUUUGCCGUGAGGUUUUUGGUUUUGCCGUGACAGUUGUGGGCCACCAUAAUAAGCAGUGAAUCUAUUGUGCAGUCGUUAAUGAAUUUUUUUACCCAUAAACAAAAUAAUAAUCAAAAUUAAUAGUAAUAACAAUAAUAAUAAUAAUGAUAAAUACUCCAAGUUCUAUUUGCCUCAUUCAUCAUUCAAACAGGUGUGCAAGAUUGCCCAAGACUACAACAUUAAAAUUGUUCAUCGUCUCAAAGAAGGGAAGUACAUUAUACUUGGGCGAAUCAUGUUUGUGCGGGUAAGUAUAACCUGAAAGGCCAGUUUUGUGCAUUUUAAGAUUUUGUUGCUGCAGAAAAUAUCACUCCUCCAUGAUAAGUUUGGCUUGCCCCACCCCCCCUACCCCCGAGAGGUACUUCAAAUCCUGACCCUGUUUAAAACAAAGUCAUUCAUUUUGCUAUCCUUAUGACUGUAGAAUAGACCAUUUUCGAUAUAUUAAAAUUCAUACAGCAUCUUGGUUCCAAGGCUUGGGGGAAUAACAGAAAAGAUUUUUUUGGGUUUAUUCCCCCAAGCCUUGCAGCCAAGUAUGAAUUUUAAUAUAUUGGAACUGGUCUAAUAUGUAGUUUUUCAAACUAAAAACAUGGAAUUAGAUAAAUUGAAAAAAAAUGUUGGUACCACAAAUGAAGAACUCUCAUCAUCAAUCCCCACACAUUUUAAAGACAAUUAGAAGGCUUUGACGGUCCAAAAGAUGCUAAUAAGUGAGAUCAUAUACCCUGUUUUAAGACUCAAGACCCUAAAAACCACCCCUGUUCAAUUCUCCUAUGCAGUUAAGGCCAAAUAAGGGAGUGCACUUCUCUCCAAGAACCCCCUACUCCUUUGAAGAAUUCCAGUUAUACUUAAAAAGUUUGGUAUUUUUAUGACCCCCCCCCCCCCCCCCCCCCCCCCCCCUCACUUUUUUUAAACACCAAACCCCAAAAAACCCCCCCCUUUAAAUUUCCCAAUGCAGUAAAGGCAAAAAAAGGGGGGGCCCUCCCCCCCAAAAACCCCCUACUCCUUUGAAAAAUUCCAUUUUUUCUUAAAAAUUUUGGUUUUUUUUAGCCCCCCCCCCCCCCCCUCAACUGAAUUUCCUAUGACUGUCUAUGGUAGGUAUGGAUAUUUCUGACACCACAAGUUCUAUUUUACCUCUUUGGACAACUUUGUCCAUCGGAAAAUGGGUGAAAUCUUUUUUCUCAUUUUUUUUUGUGAAGUUAAACAGUUUACUAAAAAUAAUCCUGUAACAUUAAAAUUUUUGUGUAAUAUUAGCCCCAAUUCAAUUCUAACAUUAUUAAAUUAAUGUAUCUUGUGUGCAUUUUCUUUGUAGAUGUUAAAUGAUCAUAUGUUGGUCAGAAUUGGUGGUGGUUGGGAUACACUGGAACACUAUCUCAUGACCCAUGCACCAUCUAAAGAAGGUAUGUAGGCUGGGCUGUACACUGCUGUGUUAUUUUGGCCUGUAUUUGGAGGUCAUGGAGUCUUCAAGAGGCUUAAGGGUGUCUGACCGGUAAUAGGAUUUAUUUGAUUGCUAAGGAUAGUCUCAUGUCUUGAUAGUCAUGACCAGGAGCCCAUGGACUCCUGAUAUGACGGGGUGGUCGAGGUGUCAAACUAUCUACAAAAAACACUACCAGCCAAUAUUGGCGAAUCUAGCGGAGGAGCCCAGGGGGCCCUGGUCCUCUCCUUACUUUAAGGUCAAACUGAAACCUGCAUAGCUUGCUAAUGCAGAUGUAUUUCUGUUUGCGGCUAUUCUCUUUUCCUGAAAAGUAACUUUUUGGGUGGAGAGAGGCAACAGCCAGAAAUACAUUUGCAUUCAGGGCUGAGAAGAAUUGUCUUUGAUGCCGGGGUCCCUCACUAAAUGAGCAAUAAUAAUAAUCAUCAUCUUCAUCAAAUUUAUUUAAUGAGGGUAAUACAGGAGAGUAAUUCAACUGAAUAACUAGUGGCCCUCAAACUAAAACUGUAAAAGAUAAAUUAAGCAACUAAAAAUACAUAUCAUAAAAGAAAAAAGAACUAUAAGUAUAUAUAUAUAUAUAAGACUAAAAAGUGUAAAAACUAUAUUACAAUAUUAUUAUAAAAUAUCCUUACAAUGAACAUCUACAAAUUAUUACAAUAAGAAUACAACUAGGAUGGGUCAAGCUAGAGGAAGGUUGUGAAAUGCCGGAUUAGCUUAAAACUAAGAAAUAAAAUUAAGUUUCACUUAAAAUUGAAGAUCUGAAUUCACCACUGACCUGAGCUCUAAUGCUAUCAUUUGCAAGUCUUAUUCUUGCCCAUCUUAUGCACCCACGACAAUUUCUCACUUUCCAACAAAUAAAUCUGGACUAAUAAAGGAAGAUCAUUUUAAACAAUAAAGAUUGAGAUAAAUAAUCAGUGUUAGUUUCCAUGUUUUGAUGUUUAGUAAUGAUUAACAAUUUUUAGUUUUUUACAUCUUUCGAAUAUUAUAACCUUCGAAAUUAGUAGUCGGAACAUCUUCGGUAGUCGUAUGAACAUUUUCAGAUAGGCUCGGCAGCUGGUUUAAUAAAUGGAGAUAAAAAACGCAUAAAACACCAGCCUUGAAAGCGUGGACAGAAGUAAUCUGACCCGAGUCUGAUCAGUGGAACAUGUUGUUGUGCCAAGAAAAUGAACUUCAGGAGUUGUAUUAAACGAUCAUGUCUCAAAAAUCAGCUUAAGUUUGUGCUUUAUCCCAAGAGGGCAAACGGUUCUUAACGGCGCUAGUGAGGCACUUUUCGGGCAAAGUUCGUAUUUUCUCUGGGUCUGUAAUCUUGACAUCCCUUGAACUGACUUUGCAGACACCAUAAACACUGAAGUACAUUAACAUAAAAUUUCAACAGUUCGCCUAUUUAGCUAUAGAUAUGUCUACUUGCUCUCAUAAACGAUAUUUUUCAAUGUGUGAAAAGUGUUGUGUUAUAAUUGUUACCUGAGCAGGAAAAAUCAUUUCAGUUACUUCAUUUUCGCCGCAGAAAGAAAAAAACAUAGGGAUCCUGUUUCAUAACAAGAAGGCAUAAACUGUGUGACAGGUGAAAAAUGUAGUAAAAUGAGAUUAGCUCAAUCUUACGUACGCACCUCGCGAAGGCAUCUGUCAGAAGCGAAGAUCUUUAAUGCCGAUUUUUUAUAACAGUUAGGGGGCAGAGAAAUGGAUAUAUUUCAAACAAUUUCGCAAGAUUAUUUUGAUGUUACUCACCUUUGGCUCGGUUGGAUUUAAAUAUUGUAGGAAAGAGAAAAACUGGCUAGGCGAGUUAGUGAUUUGCAUACAGCUGACUUUGAAAGCGGUAAACAGAAAUUUGACGGCUUUUGUUAUUUCUUGCGUUUUGAUUGGCUGACGUCUGGUAACACGCCCUUACGAUUGUUUCCCGUGGUUUGACUGCGCCUUCGCGUAAAAUGGUUCGAUUGGACCGAUAUUAUAAAGCUCUUUUUCUACGUGCGACACAUCUUGUAUUGGCUUAGAUUUCAGCGGCUCUUGGCGUUUCCAUCUGCUGUGCUGUUUUAUUCCAAAGCACUACUCCCAGGAACUUCGAUUUCGAAGGUAAAGUUUUGUUACUUUUCCACGAGUUUUGUCGCGUUUUGUGUUUUUGAUAUAUGUGUGUGUAUUUGAGGAGAAGAGUUGUGUUUUGUGAGAUAUCGUGUUUUUGGAGGAAGGAUCAAGACAGAUGUCUGCUGGCUUGUCCUUCGGGUACCGAACUAUAAAUAAAUUAAAAAACAGUCUGCCUCACAUCUACGGUAAUGUCUUUCUAGCAAUCGUUCGAGAACGGGUUUACAAAAGUCAGUCAUCGAUGGAGUCGCCAUUAGUAAUAUUUUUCGAGUCGCUUGUGGACUCCAACAGUGAUCAACGCUCGAAUCAUGCAAAGUAACGCUCUUUUAAAUUGCCAGAUUCAAAUUUCUGUCUCUUGAAAUCUCGCUUGAAUUGAGUUUGUUAUUUCUAGCAAGUAAUGUGUAAACAUUCCCACACCUACAUUCCUACCAAAUCGAAGAAACAGAUUCGCUAGUCAAUCGUACGCGUGCUGAUUAGAGUCGAAACUGAAAAUGUGGAAAGCGUGAAUCAAUUCUUGAAUGCCGAAAAUGUCACGUUAUCUAUUCGUGUUAAUUUUCACACUGACCCCUUGUACACUUUCAAAGUAAUUUUUACUUUACCGCGUAGAAUUCUGAAUCGUAAAUUGGCCCAUUCUUUCUUUUGAAAGAUCUUGAACUUAUUAGUUCAGACAGUUGUAUUAGUUACUAAAAUCCUAGUCCAUUUGCUACAACAACAUACAUAAUGAUGCCUCGAUUGUGCACGCAACGGAAAAUCGUGUGAAUUUUCUUGAAAUAAAAAUCUUUUCAGUUUUUGACGAUUCACAUGCAGUCGCUAGCUAGUUACAAAUCUACUAUUGCUUAAUUAGAAACGUGCAAUAAAAUUGUUAUGCUCUAAUUGAUGGAAAACAGAAUGACAAUUGAACUCACGUAAUUAACGUCUCUGGAAAUGGUCAGCUAAUCUUAAAGUUACACGGUGUUAUUUUGUGAUUCUUCUUGCCAACAACAUUUCUGUAUUAUUUUAGUUUUAAAUAUUAUGAAUAAAAGUGUAAUUAUGAGAAUAACCAUUUUACUUUUUUUUUAAGUUGCGAGACUUUUCUAAGCAAAUACUUAUAAGUUGUACUUCAGAUAUCAGAUCUUACGUCCGAUAACUGUACUGUACAUUUAUUAUAUUCUGCUGGUGAUUAGUCUAACCUUACGUUUGUUGGCACUUGACAACUUGCCACACCCUGACUAAAUUUAGCUGAUGCUGAUGUAGAUUAGGGCUGCAUUAUCCUUUAAAAAAGAAUCAGAGGGAAAAACAGUUUGAGCAAAAUGAAUGUGGACAAACGUGUAAAAAUUACAAAUAUUAUAAACAGAAACUAAUUAUUUAACUGCAAAUUAGUUCUAUUGUCUUUUGACCCACUUUAUUUCUGUAUCAACAUGGAAUUGUGUGGAACAGGAAAUGCCAAUAUUUAGAUUGUACUCUUCUGAAGAGAAGGAAAUUCUGAGUCCCCAGCUUAAGGACCCACCCAGCAAGAAAUGGCGAUGAACCAGUAAUUUUGUUACAAAUAGUUUUGGUGAAUCCUGGGACUCAUCUUGUGAAAAAUCAUGCAUCCCUGGCCAUAACCAAUGAGUUCCAGUUCAAAAAACAGGAAGUCCUAAAUUGAAAAUACUUGCACCCUUACAGUGUAUGUAACAAGACAGUUAAUCUGGAGACAGAUGCCAAAACUCUUUAUUACAGUUUACUGAAAUUAAAAUACUAGUAGGUCAGCUGUCAACACACGAAGAGAUCAAAUUUUCAUUUAAUAUCAAGGAUCAACACAAAUCAAUGUUAAAGUGUUUGUAACUUUAACCGAAAGAACGCAUUGCCUCAAGUAUGUCUUCCAAAAAUUUGCAUUUUGAGUAAACAAAAUUUGUUUGGAAAGUUUUUAAGUCGAAUUUUCUUUGUCACUUGACCCAUUCUAUCUUCUGAUUACAAAAUUGACAGGCGCAUAAUGUAACAUCAUGAGACAAAUUCAGAAACUUAAAAUCAGGAUUCUAUGCAUACUUAAAUAUCCCUUUUUUAAGGGUUGUCAGUGUAGUUGCAUCAAACUGUUAGCCAUCUUACUGGCAUGUUUUACUAUUUAACAGCUGUUUUAGUUCAAGAAAAUUUGGAAAAAACAUUGGUAGAGCUCAACACUUGUUUACUUGUAUCUAAAGUUACAUUCUCUUCUAUUUACAUCGAUCACAGCAAAUUAAAUCAGAUGUAACUAAAUUGUACUGCAGAUGUUGUCAAUGUUAGAUAUGACACUAGUUUAUUGUUUUUGAAAAUAUUAUCUUAGCUGAUUUAAGGGCCUCAGGUCAGUAGUACUAUUAGCUGCCAUGGGAAUUACAGCUGUAAGUAGAAGUACUAGGGAAGUGUACACUGUUAGCCUGCCACUCCACUGCAGUCAAACAUCUCGCUACUGGUGUUUUCUUGUUUUAUUUGUUGGGAUUUCAUUUACUAGUUAGUGGAAACAUGGGCAAGGAUGGAUGAAAUAGCUGGUAAUCGACUGUAACUUCGUCUUGUCAUUUUCUUGUCAAGUUGAAAAUGUGUUAAUUUACACUUGAGUAACCAUGGCUGACCCACCAGUAAUACCAGUUUCUGUGUUAAAACAUUAAUACAACGUUUUUUAGUAAUCUUUCAAAACUUUUAGUAAAUUAAACAUCGUGUUGGUAAUAUCUUUUACAUUCAUGUAAACACGGAAAGUAACAACCUUAUCUCUGAAGUACUUUGCUUAGUAGUUGCAAAUUUCUCUCAUUGUACCAGGGCAAAACUUGCCUCUGUUUGAAUUUGCUGUUGAUCCCGAUUAGACUCAUUUUAGUAAUUUUUUAUCAAAAAAAGGAAUAGUAUAAAUCAAAAGUCAUUUUUACCACCAGUCCUAUAAAUUUUCUGUGUCAUGAUGACAUGAACACUUUAACACAGUCCCAGUUUGUUUUUUUAACAUGUUAUAUGUGCUUACAUUGUCAAAUCUGCUCACUAUGUUAUCAGGUGCCCAAAAUUGUCACAAAUUGUAACUUGGAACAUUUUCAUUUUGGUCUUCAGUGUUAUAAUCUCUUUUAUUGGUUCCCUGCAGUUGUUGCAGUUUUUUAACCAUACAAAUUCGCUGUUACCUCAGAAGCACUUGCUAUAGAUUUCAGUAAUCUUCUGGCUCCUGGUUCUAAUAGUAAAUUUAAUGGCAGUUAAAGUCUUCAUCCAGUACUUGACCCUGCAGCAAUGGUUGUUACUGCCAUUUGUCUCUGUGUGCUUUUAAGUUCUCACUUUCUCCUCUGUGCAAUAUUUUAAUAAUAAUAUAUUUUUCUCACUAUAUGACCACUUGAAGUAGCUUUCUACGUGGCCGGGGUCCAUAAAACAAUGUGUGAGAGAUUCUACAUUCAAAAAUUCUUUUUGCACUUGUGUCAGUCAAAAUGUUUCUGUCACUUAUUUUCAGUCUAUUUAAGGACGUGCAGUUGUGAAGCAGUUUCGGUGUGAAUUUCCUACUCCAGAAACUGGAGAAUUAGUAAAAGCUUUGAGAGCAGUGAGUUCUGGGAUAGUUUGGGUGGACAAGCAUUAGUUGUGAUUGGUCCAUGGUAUUCAUGGCAACCAUUAACCAAUCACAAGGUGGUAACACUUGUCCACCCAAACAAUCCCAGAAGUCUUUGGGCUGAAAGCUUGUACCCAUUACCCUUAUAAUUUCUUGAAAAAGGACUAAUGCUACUUGACAUUGUUGGUACGGCUUAGUUGGCAAUAUAAAGGCCAUCGAAAUCCUCCCUAUGAUUGCUAAUUCAUGAUAUUGCUCACACAAUUUUUAGUCUUAAAAACUUCCAAGAUUUAUGAUGCACUCAUUUUACAAAGUUUUUAAAUAAUUAAGGUUGUGAUGGUUAUUACAUUGUGAUUAAAAUCGUUAACUUGAAACGGACAAACACCUUGAAGUGUUUAAAUCUCUGCGUCUGAAAUGUAUUUAGUGCUAGAAUGGUGCCAUGACCUUGAGUUCUGCAGCAUCGCAGAUGAGCGCUUUCACUUCCCAAGGUUUCCCACAUUUGCUUCUAAAAAUAAUCAACCCAAAGUAAAACACUUUUGCAACCUUCAGAACUAAUUGGUUAAUGAUUAUUUGUUUACGAUUUAUCAUUGAUAAACAACUCCCUUAAUAAGGUUGUAAACAGCGCUGGAAUUUGGUUUAGAAAUUGACACAUUAUCGCGUUUGAAGAAAGGAAAUGCAUUGGCUUUCCUGUUGCUUUUACAAGCAGAAAAAAAAUUAAAAUUUGCUAGGGAAUGACUUCUCCCUUCUUGCUUGUCAAAACGGGUUAAUUCAUGUGGUGUCUCGGUCGAACGAGCGUCCAUAGUCUGUUAUUACCACAAGUCUAAUUAGUAACAAGCAUCAAUAACUGAUUACAUUUGAAAGAUGACUGGUUUGCUCAUUUUGAAAUGCAUCCUGCGUUACGCGUGGUAGGUUCUAGAAUGCCGAACGCGCGCGGACGCGACGGGCGCGCGAGGUAAUGGGAGAGGUGGCUUUGGAGAACACCUUUGGUCGUUGACUGGUACAAACGUUGCAUUUCUUGAAACUUUAGAAGAAAAACUAUUGUUUUCACUCAUUUGCAUUAGAUUUGCAUUAAAUUUUUGUGAAAUGCGACGUUUGAAGCGAUUCUUAGAUAACGCUUUUGUAACCAAACCUGCUACUUAGAUCCACUAUCAUUAUUUUAGCAUAUCCCUCAGACAAACCAUAUUUAUUAUACGCGAUAUAACAAAUAUUAACUCUAAAAACUUGAAAUUCUUUACAACUAAGUUGGUUAUCUGGUCUGGCAAAAACAUGUCGAACAAUGUUCUCUGACUCAGAGUGAUUUGAAGUUGCUCAUGAUUUCGAAUAUUUCGUCCCAAUCUGUGGGAGAAUUUUAUCUCUUCCUCUUUGUCUGUUUGACAAAACGAGAAGUGGGAAAUUAGGGAUAAACUUUUUUGAUAAAACGAGACUCGAAUCUCGAAGUUACAUAUUUUGAGAAAUUCUCUUGUAAAAUUAUUUUUAGUUUAUCUUUGUAUUUUAAUUUAUUUUAAUUCGUGUCCCUAAUUAGUGCCGAUGGCGCUAGAACGACCAGACACAAUAAUAAAGGGCUAUGCAUGUAUGUAUGUAUGUACUCUCAAUCUUGAUUUUAGUUCCAAGUUAUUUUUCUUUCCAAGACCCUGUUUACAUGGAGUGGAGGACCCCGGUUUAGUGGGGUAGGUUUCUUUUGUUUUGUGUCCCCUAGAGCGUGAAAACAAAAGAAACCAACCCCACUCGACCGGGAUCCCCCACUCCAUGUAAACAGGCCCUAAGAUGUUUUUUUUUUUUUGAAAUAGACGAAAUGCACGGUGAUAUUGAUUAAGUUUCUAUUUAAAAAGAUACGUUUCUAGUGCCGUUUCUCAAUUUUCUUUUAAGAGAAAUUGUUGCUUAGGAGUUCACAUGGAAUUUAGUUCCAGAUAUCAGGGCGAAAGAAAAAUACCGAACAGUUGAUUUACCGAAAAGAGUAACGAUUCAUUACAUCCGAAGGUUGGUAAAUGAACUGAAAACCGUUUAACAUCAUGAAUUUAAGGCUCUUAUUCGUUGUGUUGUUUUGCUAAAACAACCUUUUUAAUUUCACGUUUGUCAGCUUGUUUUGUCUGGAAAGAAUCCUGUUUCUCGUAUCGUGGUUGGUUGAACGAUAUGUUGGCGUUAUUUGCCUUCAAACAUUCGAGGAUUUGUAAGCAAAACAACUUUUAAGUGAUAAGUUAAAAACAGAUGACGAAACGCCUUUUUAUUUCGAACAACACUGCGUGUUUCAGGCUUGGGCAUAUUACUGUGAACAUAUAUUAUUAUUAACAAUGAGUUACACUGUGUUUAUAAAUUACGGUUAUUUUGCCGGACUGAUAGCAUACAGGUUAAGUUUAGUCUAUUCCCAGAGGUCGUGUAAUUUCGAGGCAAUUUCAUCAUUCAUAAAACGAAGACAGCUGUAAAAUGUUUCCCCUCCUUAACUCUUUUGUAACGAUUCCGUUUAUUUUUGCAGCCCUUGAAACCCCAAGUACGCCAAGUUCUCAAGCUUUCACCAGCCCGCGGAAUUCUAUAUCGGCCAACAGUGGUGUCAGGACAAGCCUGAUCGAAAAGUAUAAAAAGAAAGAACAAAUAGGAGUUGUCAAUAGAGGUAAGUAACUUCUAAUUUAUUCUCACGCGGAAGAAGUGCAGUUUCCUUCAUUUCCAUAUGUUUGACGUUUAGUCAUUAGCUUAUCCCAGGAUUCUUGUUUGGUUAUUGAGUUCACUAGGAGAUGAGUUUUCAUUCGUAGUUUUAUGCACCUGUUGUUCUUCUAUUCGUAGUUUAAACUCUAGAAUCGGUAGAGUACACUUCUCUGUUGACAAGAAACCCGUUUGUUCAUUUUUGUUGCAUAUUAUCUUUACCAGGAAAGGGGAUUAGCAAGGCAUUUUUUUAAAGUUUGUGUUUAAAAACUUUGAUCAUACAAUUCAUCGUUUAAAGACACUUUUAGCGGCCGUUGACGUAUAUUGGGCGAUUCUCAUUAUCCGUCUUAGUCUAUUUCGUGAUGCAGCAUUAUAAAAAGUGUACAUAUUUGAUGUGGCAAAUCCUUUAUGUCUGUUUAUUAAUUUUUAAUUUCUUCUGUCUCUAGACUCGCCAGUUUAUUCUUCCCAAGGAAGCUUGCACCAGCAAUUAGGGAAUCAAACCUCGCCAAAGAUCAAGGAUCGAGGAAAGCGGAGUUCUCUGACACACAAGGACGAAAAGGACAUAACAGAGGCUAUACGGAAAAUCUCCUCAUCUGUGUCGCAGACUCUAGCCGACCGACCUGCUAGUUUUACGAGCAGGACAUUUAACAUACUUAAGAGUCGUUUUGACAAGGGAAUAUUUGGUGCAAGCAGACGAACGUCGUCACCUGAUAUUUCAGUAAAAGGAAGUAAAAUUCGAAGGCGUUUAAGUGAUACGACUGCAAUGGCGGAUUUAGCUACAACUCUCGCAUUUGAUGGAGAGCAAGUCCCUGUCGUAAAUAACAACGUUUCGGAAGAAAAACAACCCGAUUCUGAAUCCACUGAGGAGAUUGGCGUAGGAAAGAUCGUGGUACCGAAUGCAAUCGCAUCAGGGGAGGAACCACCAGAUAACACUGCUCCAGACCAGAUCGAUGGUUCCGUCCCAGCCGAAGAUUCACUUUCUUCUGAACAAUCAAGACUUGAAGACUUGUCAGGUUCUCAGGCGAACGGAAAUGAUAAUAUGCCCGAUGUUUCGUCGUUUGAUCCCUUGGCAGCAGCCGCCGAGCAAGACAGGCUGGUCCUGACCGAUACCACGUCUUCGGAAAAACCCGAGGAGCAACCUAGUAACAGCGAACUUAUUGGUAAUGGUGAAUUGGCUCACGAUGAACGGCCCUCUGAGCCUGAAACAACCGUAGAGCCUUCACCGCCUCAGGAUCUUGACAAUUUAAUAGAAAUUGCAGACACUAAACCAGUUUUGGACAAUACUCCAGAGGCUUCACCGCGGCCGAUUGAUAUUGGAGAUUUAUUACAGGAUUCGCAAGUCAGUGCAGCGGUGGAAGGAACUGUGGAGUCCUCGCCGUUGAUUAGUGUGGAGGAAACUGCUGCUCCUAAGGAAUCGGCUCCGGAAACAGAAGGUGCCGAUGCUGAGCCUGUCAAUUCGGACAAUCCUGUUGUCAACGAGGACACGACACCAAGUGUUGAAGACGUUCCCCCCAGUGAAGUGGAUCCAAGUCCGGAAGCCGAGUCGCAACCUCCGGAAGUGGCACCUGCAAAGAUUGAAGAACCCUCUACGGGUGAAGAAACUGUAGGUAUCUCUGAGUCACUGGAACCUUCUAAAUUAGAAGAAGAACCUGCAAAACCCGACGAAGCAGUUCCUAUUGAAGAAACGGCUGCUGGAGAGCCUGAACCACCCAAGCCGGAGGAAGGGACUGUUAAAAUCGAUGAGCCUGUUAGCCAUGUAGCGGACGUCAAAUCUGAAGGCGAAAGCACGGAAGUGGCUCCUACUGUGGAAGAGACGAGCACGCAGGAAGAAAGCCAGGCUCAAGAAGCUGCUGUUGUUGAAGUUGCUGAGGGUGCGCUAGUUAUAGCGGCUGAAGGGAAGGAAGAGCAGAAGCCCGCGGAAGAUCAGCCUCUGAAGGCAGAGAAGCCAAAGGAAAAGACUACAAAGGCAAAGCCUGCAGCGGCUGGCGCAAAAGAAAAGUCUGCAUCUAAACCUAGCUCAGCGGUUAAAAAGCCAACUGGAGCUGCAAGACCCACUUCACCUACAAAGAUAUCGACUUCGGCGGCGGCGAAAAAAGACGUUAAACCGCCUACUAAGAAAGUGCCGCCUUCCAAGCCUGCUUCGGCUAAUGCGUCUGCUGUGAAGGCAACAGCAGCAAAGGCACCUACUGCCAAGACGCCAGCCACAAAAACUCCAACCUCAGCGGCUGCGGGUGUCAAGAAGCUUGCAGCGAAGUCUAAUGAAACCAAAGUUGACGAGGCGAAAAAACCGCAAAGACCCAAGAGUGCAGUAUCAGCUCGUCCUUCUACACAAACCGCUGGACGUGCGACUAGUCAGGCGCAAGAUAAGAAAGUUCCGGCGUCGGCCACGAAAACGGCCGCGACUAAGCCUCCUGGUCAGGACGUAAAAGAUGGUGGUCCACCGAAAAGUGCGCCGAAGACAACAACGGCUAGACCUUCAUCUGCGAAACCAACUCCGAAGACUACCACCACUGGAAAGAAACCACUUUCUGCUAAACCGACGCCCACACCAAGCACAAAGCCUGCUGACAGUAAAGAUGGGACUGCACCCCCCAAGAAACCAGCCGCUCGACCUACAAGUGCCAAACCCAAGCCCACGACCAGUUCCACGACCACAACCACAACCGUGAAAAAGACAACAACGAUAACAACCACUGUGACCAAGAGUGGUACAGCUGCCCCGGGAAAAACUCAGACAACCACCACGAAAACAGUUACGCAGGCGAAGACGGGUCAGCCGAAAACUACCGCAAGUACCGCAACCACUACAAAGACGUCUGCGAAAGCACCAACAAGACCUACCUCGGCUGCUAAAAAGCCCACGGACAUUAAGCCUGCAUCCACAGGCGCGAAAUCGAAAAUCGGUGGGAAACCGAGCGCGGGAAGCGUCGGUGGUAAACCUACACCGAAAUCUGCCUCAAAGAAAAAGACGGAAGAACCGGCGAAAGAAAAAGAAUUAAAACAAGAAGAUAAACAACCGAUAUCACAGCCGGCACCCGAAGCUGCAACUGAAGAGAAACCGACUGAAGAAGUGGAAACUAAAACUGAAGACAAGCCGACAGAAACUGUGGAAACAGUUUCAGAGGAGCGGCCAGUUAGUGAAGCGAUCUCCGAAGAGAAAUGGAUCGAACCAACACCUGAUUCGUCUGCAGCUGAACAAACUCCAGAGUCGACAGAAGUCUCUUCGAAAGAAUUCGUUGAUCAAUCAAACGUUGUUACACAUGUUGUCACCACUGAAAUAACAACAACAGUGAACGAGGAUGGGGAAGAAAAGACAACAACAACGACGGAAGAAUCCGUGAAUGAACAGACUGUAGAAGGGAGUUGAAGCAAAGUUUGUUACCAGAGUAUGUCGAGUGGUAGAAAAACAAUUUACCCCAAAGAGUGGAACGUUGGUUAGAACGUAUGAUGAACAAAGAGAUCAGUUUUUUGUGUGCGUUGAUUAGGCAGGAGAGACAGGAUCGCUAAAAGAACUGAUUUUAGAUUGUUUUCUUUGCAGUAAGUUAAAGAAAUGGAAAGGCCCUUUACGCAUUAACUGAAAUUCUUUUGGAAUUAUCCAAGAGAUUACUGUGUUUACACGAUAGUAGAUGAAAGCGUACAAGUUUCAAACUCACCCACAGCCUUUUCGAAAACUAAAUUAAGCUCGAGGAAAGCGAAGUUUAUGUCACUACAUCAUCAAACGAAGCGAUUAUUAAAAUGGUCGCUUCGUGUCAACGCGUCGCUAUUUUGGAAUCUUGGAUAUAUUUCCAUGGGAGUGAACAACAAGUGUGGACAAGGUCGAUUUUGCAUGUUUGAUUUCUGUCCAAAUUUAACCAUCAAAGGAAGUCGGAUUGCUGGAGUCUUAUUUUGAUCGAGUGGCCGUCCACAACUUGUUGUCUCAAACAAGUCAAAGAAAAUUAACAUUAAUUGUUCUUCGAACGUUGCAACGCGAAUAUUUCUCGGUCAAAAAAUGUUGCCAUUCGCGGGGAAAAUAGAUUUCACUUUGGCAUAAUACGCAAAAAAUAUUUUUCAAUGGUUGAUGACCAAUUUUAAUUGCCAAAUAAUUUAAGAAAAGCAGCCGAGUGUGUAGGCUAUUUGUUAAAUUGCACUUAGUGUUAUAUGGUAACUUUAAAUUUCCUAGAAUCGCUAUUUCAUUCCAGAGCUAGCCAUAACUAAGGCCGGAUUUAUAGAACUAAGAUUUCUCAAACUCUCUGACUGCAGUAACAUGUCAAAUCUUUGAUCGAAAAGUUCUCCGAGUUAGGGGUAAUAAUGCGGAAUUUCGAACUAAAUUGAACGCCAUCCACAUUUUUGCUAAUACAGGUGUUUCUAUAUGUACUUUCUUGUUCAUUGAACUUUUUGGUAAAUGGCUUUUAAAGCCAUUUGCCACCGUUUGCAGCCUUUUCAUUAUUAUUUACAAGCGAUUUAGGGAAACCAAUCAGACUGUCCUACGUUUCAUUACUUUUGGCAGUUUAAAAACCGUUCAGAUAACACCCAUUAGUUCUAACUAGCAAAGCGCGUGGAUACCAUGAUGUCCCGUCGCAGAAUGUCUGUGUGAUAGGAUUUUCAGCACUUUCAUUCCCUUGGUAACUGAAUUUUUGUGUCUGUGGAUGAAAUCAUUCAAACGAAACCUCGUUUGGCGUAACAGUAAAGACCCGCGACUAACCUGCAUUUUCCCAAGUUAGCCAAAACUUAUUAACAGGUUCUUACAUAAGUGGUAAUUAGCACAAAUUCGGACUAUUUAGGUUGUUAUUUUCUGAAGAAAAAAAAAAUAAUCGUAGCUAACAGCAUUAAGUGG